GACAAUGAAGACCAACAAGGCCGCGGAGGCCGCAGGGGAAGGGGAGGAGGGCACGGGUGGAGGAGGAGGAGGACGACGAGGAGGAAAAGGAGGAGGAAGUCCACGGACCAUGGGAUCCCGGCGUGGGAGAGGGGGGAGGGGUUUGGGGGGAGUCGGCGGAGGAGGACGACGACGACAAAGGACGAGGAGGAAGAGGAGGAAGAGGAGGAAGAGGCCGAGGGGGAGGACAUGGAGGAUUCGGGGGAGGAGGAGGAGGAGGAGGAGGAGGAGGAGGAGGAGGAGGAGGAGGAGGAGGAGGAGGAGGAGGAGGAGGACGAGGAGGAGGAGGAGGAGGAGGAGGAUGAGGAGGAGGAGGAGGAGGAGGAGGAGGAGGAGGAGGAGGAGGAGGAGGAGGAGGAGGAGGAGGAGGAGGACGAGGAGGAGGACGAGGAGGAGGAGGAGGAGGAGGAGGAGGAGGAGGAGGAGGAGGAGGAGGAGGAGGAGGAGGAGGACGAGGAGGACGAGGAGGACGAGGAGGAGGAGGAGGAGAAGGAGGAGGAGGAGGAGGAGGAGGAGGAGGAGGAGGACGAGGAGGACGAGGAGGAGGACGAGGAGGAGGACGAGGAGGAGGACGAGGAGGAGGAGGAGGAGGAGGAGGAGGAGGAGGAGGAGGAGGAGGAGGAGGAGGAGGAGGAGGAGGAGGACGAGGAGGAGGACGAGGAGGAGGACGAGGAGGAGGCGGAGGAGGAGGAGGAGGGGGAGGAGGAGGAGGAGGAGGAGGAGGAGGAGGAGGAGGAGGAGGAGGAGGAGGAGGAGGAGGGGGAGGAGAAGGGGUAGAUGGAUGAGGAGGAGGAUGGAUAGGAGGCACGUCGCAUCGGCUCCCGCCAGAUCUGGCUCGAGCUUGAGGCAAUAUUCGAACGCACCGACUUCGAUGCUGUCGGACCGCUCUUCAAGGAAUACUUCAGCAUCACGAUCGAACAUAGUGCUGGCGCCGUCGACUACACCAGCCGUCUCCUGGACCUUGCCUCCCGCCUUGAGGCUCGCCAGACUACUCUCCCCCCCAACCUUCAGAUCUACCCUCUCCUCCUCCUCCUCCUCUGUCGCUGACCCCAUAACUCCCCAGGAGUUGCAGCAGUUUCGCCGCUUCCAGCAGCUGCAGCUGCUGCAGCAGCAGCAGCAGUGGGGCUCUGGUGGCCAUCCAUGGGGUUGGCCAACACUACCCCCACCCUCCCUUCCCUUCAUUGAGGACUCCCAUGAGGAGCUCAUUGGCGUUCAGCAACAAACACCUUCCCUCACGCCUCUCUAUCCUGGCUUCCUUGGCCUCCUCAUCCUUGGCAUCGCUACCGCUCCCACCAGAUUCACUCCGUCCAACUUCCUUGAGGCCAUCACCUGCCCCGAUGCUGCCAAUCUGGGAGCUGCGCCGCCCGGUUUAUGGCCUCAAGCAGGCUCCUCGCGAGUGGCACAACAAGCUGGCCGCCACUCUGCAGUCCUUGGGGUUCCAUGCCUCUCAGUAUGAUGCCAGCCUUUUCCUUCGCUCCUCUCCCACCCGCUUCUUCAUCCUGGUGUA